AUGUGCGGCACCGACAUAUUCCUCGCCAUUCUGGCCAUCCUCUUCCCACCCGUCGCGGUCUGGGUCAAGCGCGGAGUCUGCAGCGCCGACUCGCUCAUCAACAUCGCCCUCUGCUGCCUAGGCCUCCUCCCCGGCCUCGUGCACGCCUGGUACAUCAUCUGGUCGCACCCAGACCGCGACGAGUACGAGCGCGUCGCCGACUCGGAGAACGGCAACGUCACCUACUACUACGUCGCGCACACCGACGGCAGCGGCCCCCGCCGCCCGCCGCGAGGCAAUAACAACACCCGGCAAGAACAGUACCGCAGCCACCCCGCUGGCCCGAGCUACGGCGCGGUCCCGAACCAGCAAUUCCACGGACAGCAGACCGGUCUCGAAAACCCCUGGGCGGAGGAGGGGAGGUCGGCGACGAAGCAGGGUAGUAGCGCACCGCCGCCGCCACCUUCGCGGGGACCGCAGCCUGGCGAUAGUGGUGAGGGAAGUGCGAGCCAACCUCCGCCGACGUAUGCGGAGGCCGUCAGGGGUGAUCACAAGGUUCAGACGUAG